AUGGAGAUUGAUUCAAAUGAUGUUGACAAUCCUUCAGUAAAUGAGGUUGAACAACUUGAAGAACCUAAGAAGGGUAUGUGUUUUAGCUCAAGGGAAGAAGUGUACACAUUUUAUGUCGCAUAUGCUAAGCAUGUUGGCUUUUCUAUAGCUCAUAGAGCGCAACAUUUUGGAGAUGAUGGCCAAUUAAAAAACUUUGCAAUUGAAUGUUCUCGAGCGGGGGAAAGAAAAAAGAAAUCAGAAGUGAACCCUUUGAAGCCAUCUUUGUCCACAAAAAUUGGUUGCAAAGCAAGGAGAAUAUUAGAAAUCAAUGAUCAAGCAGGGAUUGGGGUGUCUAGGAACUAUCAUUCAAUGGUUGUUGAAGCAGGGGGAUACGAGUCAUUGACAUUUGAUGAGCGCGAUGCAAGGAAUUACAUUAAUAGAGCUAGAAGAUUAAGGCUUGGUGAAGGUGAUGUCGAAUCACUUCAAAGUUAUUUUAUGUGGAUGCAAGCACAUAGUGAGAAAUUCUUUUAUGUGAUUGAUGUUGAUGAGGAGUUUCGCAUUAGAAACUUGUUUUGA